UCCAGGCAGGAGUCGUGUUCGGCGGGUCGGAGCGCAGGCGCUUCCCGGACGCCACGGGGUCCCCGCCAGCGUAGUGCCUUCAGAGCGGGUGUCUGCGCCCCUCACUUUGCCUUCCCGAUGUCUCCGUCAGGCUGCUGAUCACUGCACAGGCGUCCCGCAACCGUGUGGGGCAGUGGGGGUCUCUGGAGAGGCAAAAAGCCUCCUUCGCAAAGCGGGAAUGGAGAUAAAUUGUUUAACACUAAAAGACUUGAUCAACCCCAGGCAGCCCAGACUAGAUUUUACAGUUGAAGAUGGAGAAAAUGCACAAAAGGAAAAUAUAUUUACUGAUCGCUCAAGGAUGGUCCCAAAGACUCCAAUCAAAAAUGAACCAAUUGAUUUAUCAAAGCAAAAAAUCUUUACUCCAGAAAGAAAUCCCAUUACUCCAGUCAAGCUUGUUGACAAGCAGCAGGCAGAACCAUGGACACCUACAGCAAACCUGAAGAUGCUCAUUAGUGCUGCCAGCCCAGACAUAAGGGACAGGGAGAAGAAAAAGGAACUGUUUAGACCCAUUGAAAACAAGCAUGAUGCAUUUACAGAAUCUCUCCAGCUUGAUGUUGUUGGGGACAGUGCUGUUGAUGAAUUUGAAAGACAAAGGCCAAGCAGAAAACAAAAAAGUUUAGGACUCCUGUGCCAGAAGUUUCUAGCGCGUUAUCCAAGUUAUCCCUUAUCAACUGAAAAAACUACCAUCUCCCUAGAUGAAGUUGCUGUCAGUCUUGGUGUUGAAAGGAGACGCAUCUAUGACAUUGUAAAUGUGUUAGAGUCACUGCAUCUGGUCAGCCGGGUGGCCAAGAAUCAGUAUGGCUGGCAUGGAAGGCACAGCUUGUCCAAAACCCUAAGGAACCUCCAGAGAUUAGGAGAGGAGCAGAAAUAUGAAGAACAGAUGGCAUUCCUCCAACAGAAAGAGCUGGACCUGAUGGAAUAUAAAUUUGGAGAACAUAAAAAAGAUGGCUAUCUGGACUCUCAGGAUCAACAGUUGUUGGAUUUCUCAGAACCCGACUACCCCUCAUCAUCUGCACACAGUAGGAAAGACAAAUCUCUGAGGAUCAUGAGCCAGAAGUUUGUCAUGCUGUUCCUGGUCUCUAAAACCAAGAUAGUUACCCUGGAUAUGGCUGCCAAAAUACUGAUAGAAGAAAGCCAGGAUACCCCAGACCACAGUAAAUUUAAAACAAAGGUACGGCGACUCUAUGACAUAGCCAAUGUUUUGACCAGCCUGGCUUUGAUAAAGAAAGUGCACGUAACAGAAGAACGGGGCCGUAAACCAGCAUUCAAAUGGAUUGGGCCCGUGGACUUCAGCUCCAGUGAUGAAGACGUGGUGGAUGUUUCUGCAUCUGUCUUACCAGAACUGACAAGAGAAACAUACGACCAGAUCCCAGUUGGUGCAAAACAGAGGCUGGCUCGUUAUGGUUCUCUUCACACAGUUCAGGCUUCUGAGAGGAUCCAGAGGAAAGUAAACUCAGAACCCAGCAGCCCCUGCAGAGAACAAGGAUCAAAUAGCUAUACCUUAGAAAUGGGAAGUCUGGCAGCUGUCUAUAGACACAAACUAGAGGACACUUCACAAAGAAAAGUCUUUGCCAGUAAGACAGUGGUGCCUCCAUCUAGCAGUUUGAGCACUAUUACGCCUUCCCUCUCUGUUGACUCAGAAUAUUAUGCCAGUCCUUUAGCUCAUCAAGUGUUUUCUGUGGCUCAGGCAGAUUUGCAGGCUUUCUCUGUGCAAAAAGGUCUGAAUGGCCAAGUAGGUGCCUCCCUCACUCCUGCGGCCUCUGACCUGGAGAACCUGAAACCAGCUCUGCUAGCUGGCCAGCCCCUGGUGUACAUGCCCUCCUCUUCAUUGGUCAUGCUGUAUGGGAGCUUGCAAGAGGGACCAUCCCCAGGGUUGACAUCCGAGAAGGACAGCAGAAGCUCAGAAGUCCCUGUUGCACAAGAGCUAUCAUCUCUACUCUCUGCUCAGAAACGCCUCUGUGAGGAUAGGAAACAUCAGGAAGAAGAUGAGCCGGCCACUAAAAGACAAAAUUGGAAAUUGGAAGACAGCCCCCUCUCCCUUGUCAUGCCUAAGAAAUUAUCAGAAUCCACAGACCGUGUCUCUCCAAAGAUGAUGGCUAGCAGUGAAACUAUACCUUUCAAAGACUAUCCUGUGAAUAGUCACCCCCCUGCUUCAAAGGAAGUUUCAGGAAAGGCUACAGCUAAUGGCUUUGUUUCUUCUGAGUGGGGAAGUUCAUCAAGAAAUAUAGAUGCUGAAAAGCCUAUGAAAGAAAAUGAAAGUCUCCAAGAGCCUUCUCUGCUACAGUGCCUUUAUGUGCAGUCUCCAGCUGGAGUAAAUGGCUUCAAUGUGCUUGUAUCUGGCAAUCAGCCCCCACCUAGUGUGGGAACAUCCUCUGCUCAGAUGUCCUCCUUCGGCGUUCCAUGCAUGGUCUUACCGUCUCCUACUCUGGGAGCUUUUCCUGUCCUGUAUUCUCCCUCAGUGCCUGGGCAAGUGUCGUCUUCUCCUGGCACCCUCCCAAAUACAGGACCUGUGAAUUUUGGCUUACCUGGCCUUGGAUCAACAGCUCAUCUUCUCAUUGGCCCUGCACCAAUGGUUAAUUCGAAGUCAUCCACACUUCCUUCUGCAGACCCUCAACUUCAGGCUCAACCCUCUCUGGACUUAAGUCCCGUUAUGUCAAGAACAUACAAGCUUCAACCUGAAUCUCCUGUUUAUAUGGGACAUCCAGUCUCAGUAGUAAAACUGCAGCAGUCACCAGUUCCGCUGACCCCCAAAAGCAUCGGACACACAAAUCGUGAGACGUUUUUCAAGACACCUGGGAGCCUCAGAGACCCAGUCCUUAAGAGAAGAGAAAAGAAUCAGUCACGGAACACCAGCUCCGCCCAGAGGAGACUAGAAAUCCCCAGUGCUGGGGCUGACUAGCCAGACACUUUGGCGAGUGAGAGUGGCAUCAACCCAUCUGCACAUCCCUAUUCCAGACUACAGUAUCCCAAGCAGAAUGCAAA